AUGGCUACAUCAUCAUCAAGAUCAGCUACAAUAGCUGAAUUACGUCGAAUGUUUUCUAACUUAGAUGCAACUGUAAUCGAAAGUGUUUUAACUGCUAAUAAUGGUCAAGUUGAUGUUACUAUUGAUCAUUUACUUACAAUGGCAAUUGAUACUGAAAAUCAAAAUAAUAUUCAACAAGCACUACCAACGAUACCACUUCGACAAUUACCAGUUGUUCCGAAUAUAUAUGAUGAUGAUCCACCACCUUAUCCUGGUCAUGAAACAACAGCUAAUAAUCAUACAACAACCAUGUCUUCUCUUCCUCAACGUUCAUCAUCAUCGACAGGAAAUAAUAAUAACCAAUCAACCAAUGCACAUACGUCGGAAAAUACUUAUUCUCAACAAGAUCUACAAAUUCGACAAUGGCUAAAUACUGAUGGUCAAUAUCGCAUGUGUUAUAUUGGAGAUUUAACUGAUGAUUUUCUUCGUUUAAAAUUUUUAUCAAAAUCUGAAUUAAAAAAAACUAUAUCUGGAGAAAAGAGUAAUACAUCACAAUAUCUUGAAGAUGAACGUUUAGCUAUACUUUUUCAAGAUGAAGAAUUUUUAAAUGAACUUCGCCAUAAUAAAGAUUUUAUAACAACACUUCAUUCAGAUCAACCUAUUCAAUCUUCCACAAAUCAAUCACGUCGAACAACGAAUCUAUUAAGUACAAAACCAUUACCAUUACCUACACCACCAACAAUUGAAACAUCUAAAACACCAAAAGUUCGUGCAAGAAUGCUUCAGAAUGUUCUCACACAAAUUGAACAAGGACAAACAAUGAGAACAUCAAUGGUUCCGCAAGAAUCUAUCACUCAAAAUGAAGGAUAUUCUUAUGGAAAAGAUGAUAAAGAACGAAUUCCAUUACCACAUGCACCAUUUGUUCCUGAUUCUGAAUCAUUAAAAUCAGAAAGUAAUGAAGAAUUUAUUGCUCGAUUAAGAAAUAUGGGAAAAAAUUCAAUGGAAAAAUUUAAUCAAUUAGCUCGAAAAUUUUCUACGCGUAAAGAUACAACAUCAAACGUUGGAAAAUAUUCUAAACAAUCCAUUAUUCUUCUUUUUCCAUCAUUAUCAUCGCGACAUCGAUUGCUAGUACAUCGACUUCGUGAUCAAAAUUAUUCAGAUCUAUUCAGUUUUUCUGUUGGUGAAGAAAAAAAUACUCGUCGAACAAUAAUUUGUUUCAAAUCACAACUUAUGGAUGAAACAACUAUAUUAUCACCUUCGACUGAUAUAUCAACAUCAUUCAAAACAAUGUCACUGGAAACUACAGCCUCUUCGAAUGAUGCAUCUUUAGCCAAACGUCGACCAGAUCAAGCUUUAUAUAAGCCUCCACGUCGAAGUAAAAAUCCUGAAGUGUCGAGUCCUGUUUCCGCACCAUCACCAACACCCGUUGAAGAUACUCAACAAAAUAAUGAUAUUACUAAAUCAGUAAAAAGUAAAGUUGCUCGUCCGUCUGUUGAACCUUAUGUUCCACCAUCCAGACGGAGUCAGCUAGUGAACAAAGAAUCACUUCCAUGCACAACAUCAACAAAUGAAAAGAAUAAUGAUGAUAACGAUGAUGGACAGGAAGAAGAAGAAGAAGAAGAAGAUUGGGAGAAACUAUUAGAUGCUAGUGACAAUUCCUUAACUAAUCAUCUUCUUGAAGAAAUUCAGACAAAAUUUAAAGAAAGUGUUCAAAUAAAAAAAACAACAAAUGAUUAUUCUCAAUGGUCAAUCGAUGAUAUACAAAUAAAAGAAGGUGAUUUAGCACAUGUAAUUGAAGUAUCAAAUUUUCCAUCAACUUUUCGUACGGAAGAUCUUUCAAAUGCAUUCAAAACACUCACUCGCAAUAGUUUCGAUAUAAAAUGGGUUGAUGAUACUCAUGCUCUUGUUAUUUUUCCAGAUGCUAAUACGGCUUUGGAUGCUCUUCAAAUGGAAUAUCCAAUGUUUAAAAUCUGUUCAAUGUCACAAGCAUCAUCUGCAUCGAAGAAAAAAGCGAAGAGUUCAAUUGAAUUUCUUCAACCAUAUAAAGCUCGACCACAAACAUCUUCAUUAGCGGCUAAUCGUCGUAUAUGUGCUGCAUUGGGUUUAAAAAAUCCAAUGAGUAGUGAUAAAACUAAAACUGAACGACAAAAACUUGAAACAGCUAAACAGCAAAAAAAACGUGACAAAGAAGAACAAAAAGCUGUUUGGGAUGGUGCUGUUCUACCAACAACAUCAACAAUAUAA